AUGGACAUCAACAUGGUGCUGUUGUUGAUGAUGACGUUAGGACUUUUUAACCGUGGGAUACACUGUCAAACAAUCGAGUUUGAAUCUGGGGAGGGUUUCACCGCUAUAGACCCCACAACAGUGACCGAUGCGAGCAAUUAUAUAGACCCCAAAGACACAGGUUCCUACUUGUUCUUAUCAGACUCUGAUAUAGAUCAAAAGCCACUCUCCCUAAAUGUUCUGGUUCAACACUUCCGGUCCGAUAGCGCCCUCUACUUCCGUGCGCAUCCAACGUUUAUCACAUGUCUACAGGCGACGUUGACCAGUCUUAGGAAACAAGACUUAAGAGCGAACAUUGUAUCAGCGUUUAAGACGAAUUCGGAUGUACUAGGAAGUACCAAGAUACAGGACCUUUACGCCAGAAGUGGCACCGGUGCCACGCUAAAGUUUCGACCAGGGGUUUUAGGAGAUAUCCGUGAAAUUGCCAAUAAUGCCAUCAAAACAUGUUCCUUUCUGUUCUCGGUGAUUCAACGCGACGUCGGUGUGGUGCUGAUGAUGGACUCUGUCCACAUUUUUAUGACAGGAAGCCUUGAUACAACCCCGCAGUUCUCGGUGGAUGGGUACACUGGCGGCAUGACAAGCGCCACCUUCCAUACUUACGCCAUGACAAAACUAGGGGAGGCAAUCGAACCGGAAGUUGUUCCAAAGGAUUGCAGCUCCUUCUCCAGUGUACCUAAUGGUGAGAUGUUUCCCUCUUGGGCCACGGACGCCGGGAGCGUAGUAGGCGAUCCUGACGUCCCCAUCCUCAGAGAGAACACUGCAGAUUUCAACAGGUUAUCACAGUACAUGGGAACAAACGUUGAGUUCGUCAAUCACGAGAGAACGUCGGCUUGGUGCGGGUUUGUGGGCCAGCCUUGUGUUGACUGUCGGGCAGCCAUUGUGGGAAAUGCUCUUUCUCAGCGGUGUGCAGCCAGGACAAUGAGUUACCGGAUGCACAAGAUCAUCAACACUCUACAGAAGUUUGUUCGAUAUAACUUGACGUCUACAGAUACGCUGAAGAUCGUGAAGGCUUGGGAUGAACCGUACGCUGAUGCUACCAGUGGUGAUGUUACCUACAGUCGUCUGCACACAGAGGGACGAGCGGUGGUCGUCCAACUCGUUACGGCAAAUACGCCCACCAACCUGGAAGAAGUCAGUCACUUCGCCAUUUGUGCAGGAGCGGACUUCAUAUCACAUCAAGGUGACAAACUAGAGAUAGCAGUAAAGAAGAUGAGUGGGACAACAGCAAAAACCGUCGCUUUCCAGCUGGCAACCUUCAUCGCUGUAGAACCACCAACUGCCAUGGCUGCCGCCUACGAGUUCCCGGCUGAAUUUACAGAUGAGGAUAAGGAAAACUAUCCUUUGCUCUACGGAAAAGGGCGGGGUCAUGUAGAAUUGGAGGAAAACACUUUCCUGUCCCAGUUUAUGUCGUCAGAUGACAACUACCAGUACUUCCGGUUACAUCCCAGCAUUCCCAAGUGUUAUUCUAAGCUACUUAUCCAGCUGAACCGUGCUAAUACUGUCGUAAUCGACCUAGUGAUCAUCCGAGGCUACAUAGCCGACCCGGAGCAGGUGUCUCUCUUUAGUCAGGCGACAGACGACCGUUACAACACUCACACUCUUGGCUUGGCCAUGCAGUUAAAGUUUGCUGAAAACACAUCUUCGACUUACACGCCGGCAUUUCUGUUGGAGGAAAUCGUCAAGGUGUGUGGACCGCUUUUCAACCUCGAAAAUGAGGCGAUAGGGCUCGGCCUGUACGAGGAUAGUGUGUUCGUCGAUAUGCGUGACUUGUUUGAGGUUUGGGUGCAAUCCGACUCUCUAAUACCAUACCCAGGCAUGGACAUAAUUGAUUACGAUAACUUCCUGGAAACACUACUUACAGCAGCCAUUGAGGGACGAAUAGUCGACCCAGAUGAUCCCGAAGAAGCAUGCAACCUCGCCGUUAUUCCUCUCAAACAAUCACCAACAUACCAGUACCAGUUACCGGAAGUCAUAAAUCGUAGACGGAAACGGUCUGCCACCCCUGAUGUCUGUACACCGGAUGACAGCACCAGCUUCUGUCUAUCAACAGUUUCCAACAGGAACUCCGAGGCGGAACUGGUGUGGGCGGACAUCAACCGCCAUCACAUCUAUCACGAACCCUCCUCGGAACUGCAUGACGCCGUGAAAGGUUGCUUCACCGACUGUGGCACAUGUUUGGAAGGGUCGAUUUACGAGAGGAAGCACAUGCACUGCAGUAAUAUGGUACACUGGAUUCCAUACCCGAUGUUGAACGACGAGCAUAAUGUGACGAACUUCUUCUCACGCGAUAAGCGAUGGAGCAAAGAGCUCGCCUGCUUUCUACCUGGUCAUCACUGUAUACAUAAAGCCCCCGCCUACGCUAAGCUUGCCCCACACGGGUACCGCGUGUACCGCCCUAACCCACAAAAGGCUCCAAGUGAGGAACUGUAUUCCAAAGAGGAGAACCCGUCCCCUCUCAUGUCCAUCCUGGAAGAGACUUACGCCAUCAACGCCAAGGGCCAGGUCACAUUCUGGGUCGAAGAUGAGGUUGACAUGAAGGCCAUGGAGGUCCCAUUCCAGACAGUGAUGAUGUACAACCAUGACGUCACCCUUGUGGUUAUCUACGUCAGAAACGCUGUCAGUAUUAAUGCUGUGUCAGAAGUAGUGGAGAGCUUUAUUGAAAACAUGGCGACGACUGGAUGUACUCUGUAUACACGGAAAGUACUUUCUCCAUACACUGUCGGAACGAUUCCUACCACCCAUGUGGUAAAAAGAGAUACUACCGCCCACAUGUAUGCCAGGGACAUUGAUUAUAUGAACGAGUGGCAGGGGCAACCUAUCAGGAACUUUGCAAAUCUUCAACCGUAG